CCCCAUCCUCUCCCCUUGGAAAUCGUUGGAAAGCACGAUUUUCGCCAUCGUCUUUUUCCUCCCUUUCCUCGAAUCCUAAAUAAAAAGCCUCGCCCACCCUCGCCACGAUUAACGAAGAUGAACCAAGAUCACCUUCCCCCUCCCAUGCACAGCAUCGAAAGUAGCAACAGGAUGGAGAGACGAGGGAUCGAAUCACCACCGAUCGCGUGGAGGGUAAACGGGGCGUGUUGGGUACGGAGAAUGCGAAAAGAGAGGGUUGAGAAGCCGACCGGGGGGUUGGAUUGCACAUUCCCCCCCGAUAACUGGCCGAGGCGCAAGGUAUAAAAUCAGACGUCGGAUACCUGGGGUUAUUCAGUGUUGGACCGGAUCCCGUGCUCGGCUCAACAUCACUUCAUUGGAUCUUGAUCUCCGUGCGACCGUACACGCCAUCAGAACGCGAUGAGAAAUCAUCUAUUCGUAUUCCUCGUCGUCCUCUCAAUAUUUUCCGUCUCUCUCAACCGGGGAGAGAAGUUAAAGCCCAAUAUCAGACGGGCGUCCGGUUUGUUGUCCUAUCCAAGGAUCGGUCGAUCGAAUGCGCCCGUUUCGAAUCUGAAUUUCAACCGACGUGGCAUGGAAUCGGACACAGAUUUUCAAUUUUACAGCGCCGAGUUGGACCAGGCCCCGGACAAAGAUUACGAAGAUUCCCCAGCUCCAAAAUCUCUCGGGAGAUCGAUGCACGCUAAACACGCAGACAGAAUUCCUAAGGAGGCAUCAUGGCUAAUCUCAGAUCGUCCUCGUUCGUCCAAAGAUGGAUCUUGGAAGAUCGACGAGGGAAGAUCCGUAUAUCCGGCCGCGUUCCUAUUGAAUUCAGAUUCUCGAAACAGUCAGGUGAACGGUUACACGCCGAGACUCGGCCGGGGGAACGAUGCUGAUCGAAUUCUCUGCAAAUGAUCGUCACCGAGGACCUUCAGGUUUCGCUUCAACGGAAUUCAUGCGACUUGACCUAAUCUAUCUCUUUAUCCAAUAACCAGUUACUUACUACAAUGGAGGAAACUUUCUUUGAACGAGGAGAAGUCGAGUAUAUAACAAAAGGACGGAUCGAUUUUUUCGCGAAGCAUUUCAGGAACCAUUGUUUGUAGAAAAUUUAUCGAAGUUUCCACGUGUACACGGUCCGUAGAAUUUUCACUGACAUACGAACGAGAGUAAUAAAGCUGGUGAAACGGC